CGCCGCCGCCGGGCUUUCUCCGGCCGCCGCCGCCACUGCCGCUGCUUCGCGAACUGAGGGCCUAGGCGUCCGCGGGCGAGUGGAGGCUGCGGGUGGGAGCCCUCGCGGGCACUGCAGAGCGGGCCGGGGGAGGCCGGGAUGGAGCCCCCCGGAGUUGACUGAAGCGGCCUGAAGCGGGUUCCAGAGCCUCCAGACGGGAUCUCGGGGCCUCCCGGAGGCGCGGCGGAUGGUCUGAGGGCCGCGCAGACAUGGCUCACCUCAGGGGAUUUGCCAACCAGCACUCGCGAGUGGACCCCGAGGAGCUUUUCACCAAGCUUGACCGCAUCGGCAAGGGCUCUUUCGGGGAGGUGUACAAGGGCAUCGACAACCGCACCAAGGAGGUGGUGGCCAUCAAGAUCAUCGACCUGGAGGAGGCGGAGGACGAGAUCGAGGACAUCCAGCAGGAGAUCACCGUGCUCAGCCAGUGCGACAGCCCCUACAUCACGCGCUACUUCGGCUCCUACCUGAAGAGCACGAAGCUGUGGAUCAUCAUGGAGUACCUGGGUGGUGGCUCCGCCUUGGACCUGCUGAAGCCGGGCCCCCUGGAGGAAACCUAUAUUGCCACCAUCCUGCGGGAGAUCUUGAAGGGCCUGGAUUACCUGCACUCGGAGCGCAAGAUCCACCGAGACAUCAAAGCCGCCAACGUGCUGCUCUCGGAGCAGGGCGACGUGAAGCUGGCAGACUUCGGGGUGGCGGGCCAGCUCACAGACACACAGAUCAAGAGGAACACGUUCGUGGGCACCCCUUUUUGGAUGGCCCCCGAGGUCAUCAAGCAGUCAGCCUAUGACUUCAAGGCCGACAUCUGGUCACUGGGGAUCACAGCCAUUGAGCUGGCCAAGGGCGAGCCUCCCAACUCCGACCUGCACCCCAUGCGCGUCCUGUUCCUGAUCCCCAAGAACAGCCCGCCCACACUUGAGGGCCACCACAGCAAGCCCUUCAAGGAGUUUGUGGAGGCCUGCCUCAACAAGGACCCCCGAUUUCGGCCCACCGCCAAGGAGCUCCUGAAGCACAAGUUCAUCACGCGCUACACCAAGAAGACCUCCUUCCUCACCGAGCUCAUCGACCGCUACAAGCGCUGGAGGUCGGAGGGCCACGGCGAGGAGUCCAGCUCCGAGGACUCUGACAUAGAUGGAGACCCCGAGGACGGAGAGCAGGGGCCCAUCUGGACCUUCCCCCCCACCAUCCGGCCGAGCCCGCACAGCAAGCUGCACAAGGGGGCAGCCCUGCAUGGCGCCCAGAAGUCGGUGGAGCCCGUCAAGAGGCAGCCGAGGUCGCAGUGCCUGUCCACGCUGGUCCGGCCCGUCUUUGGAGAGCUCAAAGAGAAGCACAGGCAGAGCGGCGGGGGCGUGGGGGCUCUGGAGGAGCUGGAGAACGCCUUCAGCCUGGCUGAGGAGUCCUGCCCUGGCAUCUCGGACAAGCUGAUGGCCCACCUGGUGGAGCGGGUGCAGAGGUUUUCCCACAGCAGAAACCACCUGACGUCGACCCGCUGAAGCCCUGUCUGCACCUGGGAGGAGGGUCUCCGUCGGGACCCGUGUGGUCAGGACUGUGCUGACCAGGGCCCUGGGCCGUCCUGGCCUCGCCCUGUGGGCUGCGCCCUUGCCCCACAGAGGGCUGUCCCCUCCCACAUCCCCUCCCGGCUGGGCCGAGGCUGCACUCAGCGGCAGAGGCAACGGGCUGGGUCUCCUCGGGGCCCCAAGGCCAGGCGGGUCCCCAGGGCUGUGCUCUCGGCCCAGAUGGAGGGGCAGGGAUGCGCGGGACAGACCUGCCGCCUCCCGCCCGGCCUGCCCGCCCUUGGAGGCUGUAGGUUCGCCCUGUGCUGUUGGAGCAGGUACCGUGUCUUCUCUUAAGUACUCGUGUCAGCCAGAUUGGUGUUUUUUUUAAGAAAACCAAACUUCCUUGCUUCCCUAAAUAUUCUGAGGUUAAGGUGUUAGUUUUCAUAGAACCUUAAGAGGCUCCCGCCACUUUCAAUAAAGACCUGAACUGAGA